AUGUUGCACCUUCUCGUCUUCCUGCUGUUCGCAAUUGGGGAAUUUGCGGCUGCCAAAGAAGUCGUCUAUGACUUCAACGUUACUUGGGUAACUGCCAACCCGGAUGGGCUGGCGGACCGCAAAGUCGUGGGUAUCAAUGGCCAAUGGCCGCUGCCGAUCAUCGAGGUAGACAAGGGCGACCAGCUGAUUGUUAAUAUGUACAAUGGGCUGGGCGACAAGAGUACAAGCAUCCAUUUUCAUGGCAUGUUUCAAAAUGGGACGAAUGAUAUGGAUGGCGCUUCGAUGGUGACCCAGUGUCCCAUUCCGCCGGGAUCGAGCUUUACAUAUAAUUUCACAGUCAACCAGCAAGGCACGUACUGGUAUCACUGCCACACAGAAUACUGCUAUCCGGACGGUUACCGCCAAGCGUUAAUUGUCCACGACAACACAUCCUAUUUCGCCGGCCAAUAUGAGGAGGAAUUUGCGGUCACUUUGUCGGACUGGUACCACGACAUGAUGGAGGACAUCAAGCCCAAAUUCAUGAGCGUCUACCAUCCGACGGGAUCCGAACCAAUUCCGAAUUCCUUCCUGUUCAACGACACUCACGAUCUCAGCCUCACCGUCAAACCCAAUACGACGUAUCUGCUCCGAUUGAUAAAUACCGGCGCUUUCGUCGCACAAUACUUUUAUAUUGAAGAUCACACCUUUACAAUCGUCGAGAUUGAUGGCGUUUACACCGAACCUACCGAGGCCGAUACUUUGUAUAUCUCAGUUGCGCAGCGUUAUUCGGUAUUGUUGACGACGAAAAAUACGACUGAUAAGAACUACCCGAUUGUCACUGUCGUAGAUUCGACGCUGCUUGACACUAUUCCCUCGAAUCUACGUCUCAAUAAUACCAAUUGGCUCCAGUACGAUGCUUCGGCGGACCAUCCACAGGCCAAUAUCAUGAUCGCCGUGUCAUCGGACCUUGUCCCAUACGACGACAGCACACUUGUCCCCUACGACCAUAUGCCAUUACUGGAAAACCCGACGCUGUCAAUCCAGCUGGAUGUCGUCAUGGAGAACCUCGACAAUGGAAACGGCUACGCUUUCCUCAACAACAUCAGUUACACCGCGCCAAAGGUGCCUACUCUCUACACCGUCUUGUCUUCAGGGGACCAGGUCACCGAUCCAACCGUCUACGGCGAGUUUACCCACCCAAUGAUUCUGGGUCAUAACGACGUCGUCGAAAUCAUCCUCAACAACAACGACAAAGGCUCUCAUCCCUUCCACUUACACGGCCACAACUUUCAGGUGUUGACGCGCUACCCCGGCUAUGGCGCCGACUUCUACGAACUCGCCGACAGCGAUCCCGUCCCUUACGAUCCAUCAAAUCACUCCGCAUUCCCUACCUACCCUGCAAGACGAGAUGUGCUCGUCCUGCCACCCCAGGGCCACUUCGUCAUCCGGUUUGUGGCCGAUAAUCCAGGCGUCUGGAUCUUCCACUGCCACAUCGACUGGCAUCUUGCGCAGGGUUUGGGGAUGGUAUUCAUCGAAGCACCCACCCAACUCCAGCAACAAAUGACUCUCCCAUCUGACCACCUGGCCGCCUGCGCCGCUGCAGGCGUAAAAUCAGAAGGGAAUGCAGCGGGUAACACAAACGAUUAUACCGAUCUCGCAGGCCAGAAUGUGCAGCCCGGCUGGAUCCCUGAUGGAUUUACGACGAGGGGUAUUGUUGCGAUGACGUUUACCGUGUUGUCGGCCGUGUUGGGUCUGGGUUCGAUUGUGUUCUAUGGUCUGUCGGACCUGAAGUUCGUGCGUAAGAAUAAUGGAAGUACCUCCUCGAAUAGUAGUGGUGGGCAGGAGGCGAGCGAGGAGUAUCGUGAUUAG